CAUAGUUAAGUAUGACUUUAUAAUACCAGCAGUAAGGUUUUCGUUACUACAUGAGAGUGGUCAGCUCUCUUUUGUGGCGAUGUAAGAGGCGUAUACUGAAUAGUGCACCUGCUUGUUCGGGGGCCCACAUUCAUAAGGGACGUGUACGGGUAAGCUACUGCCCCCAUACUCACAGGGUACAUUAACACAUCUGAGCUUCAACCUGUUGAAGUAGUGGCUAAAUGAGUCAUGUCUCACUAUUGCAAUUAAGUAUGGUUUUUGGUAUAUGUGGCACAAUUGAAUAUGUUAGCCGCCUCCCACUCACUUGACCAGCAUGUCUCUCCCGGGUUCUGAUUACAUAUAGGUCUAGGGAUACUUUUUUUGCUUGUUGCGUCUCCUGUAAGGGCCGCCGGUCUGCUACCCGGAGACCUUUGUUCUUUACCUUCUUGGCUCAUAGACAAUGAUACACACCAUUUGUCUAGGAUGGAGAGAAGGCCUGUAGGGCCUCGUACCCUGUCCUCUUUGCGACUUUCUAUGCCAUGGGAAAGGUGACAACCUUAUGGAUGCAUUAUACAAAUUGAGCCACGCAAAAUGAGGUGGAUGGACGCUGUAUGGAACUUUGUAUUUGGCAUACCUAACUAAAAAAUGGCAGGGGGUCGCAAACGAUCACAGGAAAAACACCAAAUUUAAAAAAUGGAGGUAGUAUGGCAUAUUGUAUUUGGAAUUACUGAAAAACGGCAGCGCCGCAAACUUUCGCACUCUGUCGCUAUUGUUUUUCAGCUACAUAGACUAUCGGCAUUGAAUAAGCACUUUUCAAUGCUAUCCGACCAAAAAGUUAUUGUAAAACUGAUGGAUGCGUAGUGAAGAUCUCAAGGAUCGUUUGGUAUUCACUUGUAUCAGAUUUUGUCCUAUGCGUUCCACUUACAAACUGACAGGAUUUACACCUUCAAGAAUACUUGCGUAUUUUCCAAAGGGACAGUUUGAGCUAGGAAGCUAUUCUGUAAAGAAUUUGGCACAUUUUUUUCGCUACAGUCCUAUAGGUGUGUUUGGCAGUUUCUUUCGCCGUCACAGUGCUGCUAAUCGGUCAAGGAACGGUGGUAAAAAAACGCGUCAAUAGCAGAACGACCUUUUUAAAUUGUGAAAAUAAUCGUCACAUCAUCGUUCAAAAAUGGGCAAAAGUUUAAGCAAGCGUUGCAGCACAAGAAAGAAUAAGUUACAAGAAAGCGGUUCCACAUUAGAUCGCGUAAUUAGUCAGGCGUCGAUUCAAGACGGCUGUUUCCUGUACAACCUCGCGAAUUACAAGAGAGGCGGUGAAUUAAUCGACGCUUAUAACGUGGGCGGCAUUGUCGAGGUGGAAAAACUGAUCAGGGAACAGUUCGGGCAGUUAAUGUAUCAGGAUGGCAAAGGGCAGAUAAUCAACCGUGCCGAAUAUUUGAGAUGGAAAUUUAGGGAUCAUCAACAAGUCGUUCUUCCGAUCGAGGCCUCGUUGAGCCCUCACGAUCCACUUGCGCACUGGACGGAUCACGAGGCGUGCUGGCAGAUGCAGUACCGUGGGGCGCUAGGUGAAAGUCUUCUGCACGUGUUAAUUAUGUGCGAUAGUAAAAUACAUACGAAAUUAGCGAGGACUCUGAUUAGGUGUUUUCCACGUUUAAGUGUUGACAUUGUUGAAGGUGAGGAGUAUUUAGGCGCAAGCGCUUUGCAUUUGGCCAUCGCCUAUAGCAACAAUGAGUUGGUACAGGAUUUAAUUGAGACGGGUGCUAAUGUCAAUCAAAGAGCAACGGGCAGCUUCUUCCUUCCAAGGGAUCAGCAGAGACUGUGGCCGGCAAAACACACAGAUUACGAGGGACUUGCUUAUUUAGGCGAAUAUCCCUUGGCUUGGUCAGCUUGCUGCGCCAAUGAAAGUGUCUACAACUUACUCCUCGACAGUGGCGCAAACCCAGAUCUGCAAGAUAAUUUUGGAAAUAUGAUUCUGCACAUGGUGGUGGUUUGUGAUAAAUUGGACAUGUUCGGGUAUGCUUUGAGACAUCCAAAGUUGCCUGCCAGCAAUGGUAUUGUCAAUAAAUCGGGACUUAGCCCUUUGACGUUAGCCUGUAAGCUUGGACGAGCCGAAGUUUUUAGGGAAAUGUUAGAGCUGUCCUCUAAGGAAUUUUGGCGCUACAGCAACAUUACUUGUUCCGGAUACACUUUAAACGCUUUAGAUACUUUACUACCCGAUGGACGCACAAAUUGGAAUUCGGCACUUUUCAUUAUAUUGAAUGGUACCAAACAAGAGCAUUUAAACAUGUUGGACGGGGGGAUUAUUCAACGAUUGUUAGAAGAAAAAUGGAAAACUUUUGUGCGAAAACAAUUUCUGAAACGUUUGCUCAUUUUUAUUAUACAUCUUAUCCUGUUAUCUAUGGCGGUCUAUUUACGUCCCGAAGAUCCAGACGAACCACUUUUACAGGCAACUGAUGAUGGUGUUGUGAUAUGCAGGUAUGUUGCAGAAAUUGGCACUAUUUUAGCUGUCGUAUACUAUGUAGUCAUUCAACAAGGUGACGAAAUAAAAAAUCAAGGCUUCUGGACAUUUUUGAAGCAACAGGUUCACUCUCCCGCAAAGGCGAUUUUUCUAAUAUCCAACUUGCUCAUACUGGCCUGUAUACCAUUUCGUAUUUAUCGCGAUAAGAAAACCGAAGAGGCCAUUCUGGCUUUCGCCGUUCCAGGCUCUUGGUUUCUAUUAAUGUUCUUUGCAGGGGCCGUGCGUCUGACUGGUCCAUUUGUUACAAUGAUCUACAGCAUGAUUACCGGAGACAUGUUAACGUUUGGAAUCAUAUACACCAUCGUUCUGUUCGGAUUUUCGCAAUCGUUUUAUUUUUUGUACAAGGGUUUUCCAAAUUUGAAAAAUUCGCUGUAUAACAGUUACACAUCGACCUGGAUGGCUUUGUUCCAAAUUACUCUGGGAAAUUAUGACUAUCAAGAACUCGCACAAACAACAUAUCCAUCGGUCAGUAAGUCUGUGUUCAUAAUAUUCAUGGUUUUUGUGCCAAUCUUACUACUUAACAUGUUAAUUGCUAUGAUGGGUAACACUUACGCGCACGUAAUUGAACAGAGCGAGAAGGAGUAUACAAAACAGUGGGCAAAAAUUGUUGUGACACUAGAAAGGGCGAUUCCACAAGCAGAUGCCCACCGUUACUUACAAGAGUAUAGUAUUUCUUUGGGACCUAGCGAGGAUCCUAGCGUGGAGCAAAGAGCUGUCAUGGUUAUCAAAUUGAAAAGUAAAACGAAAGCUAAGCAACGCAAAGGAUCCGUAGCCAAUUGGAAGAGAGUUGGGAAAGUUACGAUUAACGCGUUAAGAAAAAGAGGUAUGACGGGUGAAGAGCUGCGAUGUCAGAUGUGGGGAAGAGAAUCGAUCACUUCUCCUGUGAAAGUGAAAAAAGCUCGCAUUGACCCGCUCACAGAUCCUCAAGGUCCUAACGUAACGGGAGCAUUUGGUGAAGCUUUAACUACAACGCUCGACAUAAUGGCGUUCACUCACGACCUUGACAUUGGUGGAGCCGCUCAGGGUUUAAAUUUGGCGAAUAACAGCAAACCUGAGCCGGAAAAGAGCGUGAGCAUCCAAACCGAAAAUAAAGCAAUAACUAAGCAGGUGAGAAUUAGUAAUGAACCACAAGGACCAAGCGCUACGCAACCGCCAAUUAUAUUGCAAUGCAAUAAUCAACCCACCGUGUCUGACGAUGUGAUAACUACUGAUCCAUUGCGCGAAUUAGUGUUAUGCUCAAAGAAUUACGAAGCGGAACCAGAAAAGUUAAAUCACCUAGCCGUCCAAGCUGCAAAUUUAUCAGUUACCGAAGAAAUAACACUGAAACCACCAGCGGCAUCUGGUGUGCAAGCAAUUGCGGGAAUUUUUACAGGCACAGACACCCUUCUGAAAACAGUUGAGACAAUUAAGAAGCGAUUUGUUGCUUUAGAUCCCAGUGAUAGUGAAGAAUUUGGAGAUGCACCGUUACUGGGAAAAAUAUCGAGAACAAGAAGAGCAAAAUCUGCUUGUAAAAGGCACUUUUCCGCCAAAUCCAAAACGUCCAGCCGUACGACGUUACUAAAUUUGCACACAAGUUCCUCAGAAAGUUUGGAGCACGAACAUGUUACAGUAGAUCUCGACUAUGCAGAAGAAAGAAUAAGAGAAGUAAGACAAUCACAAAUGGUAGACAAUGAAAAUCUGAGGCCUUACAACAUUGACGUGGCCGUCGCCAAUGAUAAACUUUCGGUCACCAUUUCGGAAACGAUGAACAUUAAGGAGGAAGGUAGCGGGGUAGAGCUUCAAAGUGGCAACAAUGUGGAACGAAAACGAAAGAAAAGAGCAAAAACUGCAAAAGCUAAUCGGGUGGUGCCCUCUGUUGAUGUCGGCAGGAGUUGUUAUUCUGCCAAUAGAAAGGAUCAAUCGCCGCCAGAAUCUCCAGACCCCUUAGAACCGUGGAGUACAAAAAAUAUUGCUAAUAUGAAUACAAUUCUGGCAUGGGAGGACGAACACGACAGUAUAUAAGUGACAUAAUUCCUUAGCAACAAACUUUUGAUUAAUUUUUCGAAAUUCUCUGUGAAUUCCUAAUAAUAAAAUUGAAAUGUCUAAAAAAAUAACAGAAAGAUUCCUAAAAGAACGAUACGAAAAAGAUGACCAUUAUUUUACAGUAUAUGAUCACUAUACCCCCAAUUACUUCAGUUAAGUGUUAAUGCAUCUUUCAAUUUGACAUACUUCGUUUGCCCUUUAGGACCGACUAUACCCGGUAAGUUUUACUCGCGCCACGAUACCUUGGAUUUAACGCAGGCCGAUCCGAAACUAGUCGAUGCUAUAAAGUUGGCCAAAGACAAGUUGCCAAGAGACAAGUAUCCAUGGCCAGUCACCGAAA